UGGAGAAAGAGAGAGAGAGCGAGAGAGGAGGGGAGAGGAGGAGGAACUGUGAGAGUCGGAUAAAACGUGAAAAGCAGCAAAGGCUUAACAUGCUGGAGUCUCUUAUCUCCUCCAACCUUCCCGGGAUCAGCUUGCUGGACCAACACUGUCCCUGCAGCAUCUUUUUCCGGCCGAUGACAUGCCGCCUCUAGGACCCUGUACCCCUUCUUGGAGAAAGAAGUUCCCUUUUUUUCCCAACUGAACACCAAAGUCUUGGAAAGCUGGGGAGCCUGAUGUGACUGAAGAGCAAAAGCCUAAUGUCUCGCUCAAGCUGAGGACAUCAAGUGCACGGCCACUGUUCAUCCUCGGUCUCUGACCUUUAUGUUUACUGAGGAUUGAUCAGCGUUGGAGAACUCUACUGGAUAUAUUGAUUUCUGCCUGAGGUAAACAGAUGUUGAAUAAUAUUAUUUACUCCUUGGGAGCUGCGGCUUGUAAUUAUAAAUGGGAUCUUUACCCUUCGUUGGCUGCCCGGUAUAACACAUCUCUACUUAACUACAAUGCCGGUUUCUAUAAUGGCCUCCAGUGGCGUCUUGUCCCUCUACUGGGAGGUAUUCCCUUCAAUGCCAACCUGCCGAGUUUACUGCACACCAGUAUACCAAGAUGGCUGCUUGUUUGUCAUGGGAGGAUGUAGUAAAUCUGGACUGCCUUUGGACACGGUGGAAAUGCUGGAUGUGGUUUCACAAACAUGGGCUGUGCUACCUCCACUCCCUACUCCCCGGGCCGGGGCGGCUGCGGUGGCCGUGGGUAAACAGGUCCUGGUGAUUGGUGGCAUGAAUUCUGAGCAGUGCCCGCUGGCAUCUGUGGAAAUAUACAACAGCGAUGAGGGGAAAUGGGAGAAGAAAGCUCCACUGUGUCAGCCAUCUAUGGGGAUCAAUGCCAUCGAAAAAGAAGGGAAGAUUUAUGCACUUGGAGGAAUGGGCGCAGACACCUCCCCUCAGGCCUUGGUCAGAGUAUACGAACCUACGAGAGAUACCUGGCAGCCGCUCCCCUCCAUGCCCACCCCUCGUUACGGCGCCUCCACUUUCCUACGAGGAAACAGACUCUAUGUCUUAGGGGGCAGGCAGGGUAAGCUUCCGGUGACAGCCUUCGAAGCCUUGGACCUAGAGGUAAAGAGCUGGACUCGAUAUCCAGGCAUCCCAAGUCGGCGUGCCUUUGCCAGCUGCACCAUGACGGAGACCUCGUUCUUCAGUCUUGGUGGCUUACAGCAGCCCGGACCCCAUAACUUCUACUCCCGGCCGCACUUUGUGAACACUGUAGAGAUGUUUGACUCUGAGCAAGGAGUCUGGAGCAAGCCGUGCCGGUCUACGCGGAUGAGGGAAAAGAGAGCCGACUUCGUGACGGGAUAUUUGGGGGGGCGAGUGGUGGUUGCUGGAGGACUAGGGAACCAGCCUUCUCCCUUGAACUCAGUCGAAGGCUUCAACAUGGUGAAGAAGCGAUGGGAAAUAUUGCCAUCGAUGCCAACGGGACGAUGUUCAUGCUCAAGCAUCCAAUCCAACAACAUGCUGUUUGUGAUUGGCGGCGUGGCGCAGGGACCCAGUAGUGCGGUGGAGGCUCUUUGUGUCUUGGAGGACGUCUGAGAACGACUUUUAAUUAACUGAAACCAACCGUGUUGGUGGUGACAAAAGUGCCUGAACGCCUCUCCUAUAGUAGAUGGCGGCCCACCGGCGGUGGAUUAUCACUAGGGUCAUCAGCGAGCGGAGAGAGGACAUAGUUCAGAUGCCUUCAGAUGGAAGUCCACCAGUGAGGGUGGCCUCAUAUGGAACACUGGACAUAGCCAACCUCUGGUCCAUUGCGUAAGACCAACGAUAGCUUCUAGAGAAUCGGAGGACUGCAUUAGAGAGAUAUAUCCAAACAGACCUAUAUAUAUGGAAUGGAUGACUAUACAAAAAAGAUACAGUAGUUCUUAUUACCAAAAAGAAGUCAUAUUUACUAGUAUGUUCGACAAUCUGAUAUUUCUAUUAACUAAAAUAAUCAGUUCAUGUUGUGGUCUAGUUUAGACGUGAUGAAAUAUUGACCAGGGUAACGUGUCAGGCAACAUGUGAUAAUUUCUAAGGCUUUUUUAAGGCUUUUUUUUUAUUAUUUAGAUAUGUAGCUUUCACGACUGUCUUAAAAACAUGUGUAUACAUAAAGUAAGUGAUAUAAACUUGCGACACAACGUAAUAAUCAUAUGGAGUUCUUCUUAUCUACUUUUUGGGUUGACAGGUGGUAACUUGGGGUAGGAGGAAGAUGGCUGCUGUUUGUAACUGUGUCAUGAUGUUAAAGAUAUCAGGUUUUGAAUAAUAAAUGACAGCGGUUCCAUGAA